UGUGGGCAUCCUAUGAUGACCAUCUACCUCAGUAUAGUUUUAGAGUGAGUGUUAGUAGCAUGUUAAAAAUAUAAGCAAUUAACAUUUUGAAACCCUUGUUAUACUGUGGUCCAUAUUUUAACAUGCAAAAUUUUUUUUAAUUCUACAAAUUAGAAAUCAGAUCUGUUUUUAUAAGAUAUUUAACCGUACCAUUGCUUUAAAACAUUUUUUAAGUUCUUUAAAGCUGUAACCCUAAUAGUAAUUCCUUAAGAUACAUCUAUUUAGUUAAUUUAAUGUUGAGUUUUAUGAAGAAGUCCUGAAGGUGAAUGGACACAGGAACCUUCACAUUAAUGCAUAAUGUUAUUUCUGUUUUGAAUAAAUGAUUAGGUUUUAUUUCCUUAGUGCCAUAUCCCACAUUGAAUUCCAGUAUACCAAGGGUUGCAAUGAUUUUGGUUUGUAUGAAAGUUCAAGAUUUCCUAUAGCUUAGGUGCCAGAUGGGCACUGGGUGUUUUGUUUUUAUUGCCAGAUUUUCUUGUUCAUUCUUGCUAUAUUUUCUAGAAUAUCUCUAAAUAAUAAAUUCUUCUCUCUGUUAUUUGUGUGUGUGAUUUUUGUAGUGGAGAAGGCAAAUGCAAAACUCUUCCAGAUGACUGAAAAACAGUGGGUCCUCUGCAGCUACAGGGGAUUCUAGACAUUAACUAAAGGCCAGCAAGCACUCAAGUCCCCCAAGUGUUUUCCUGGUGUAACCAUUUGUUAACUACAUUUUCUCUCUUUUUACAUUUUAGGCUGUUAAAGUAAUUUGACAGAAAUAAUGAGCAGGGUUUUUGGAUCUAAAAAAGCCACUGUGACAAGACAGCACUAUUUUAAUUCCACUUUGUAAAAUUUUCUAAGCCAUAUUUUAUAAUACUUUGUUCCCAGUGUACUGCUACUUUAUUUUCUUUUCGGUAACUAUACAUUUUGACAAAUAACUGAAAUAGAAAAUUUCUGGAUUUUAAUUAAGUUAAUAAUUACUGGACUUUAAGUUAAUUUACAGCAUUAAGUUAAUGCUGACGAGGGUUUUAUGCUUUCCCUUUCCUUAAUGUACUGGUCAGUGGAAGCAGAAUCUUGAUAUUGUUAAUUUUAGAUGCUAUCUCGGAUCUUUGAGUACCAGUGUGAACAUUUACACCAUACUUUGUACAAGUUGUGAAAUGUCUAAUCCUUAAAACUUAGAAAAAUUGCCUUUGUGGUUUUCUGAAGAAAUUAAGUUGCGUUCAUAGGUGGGUUGAAGGCAUGCUGUAUAAUAGUACAUCUGUCUCUAUGAUAUUAAAGUGUAUGAACCCAGUUUUAAGGUUUUAAAAUAUAUAUGCUGAUAAACAUUUGAUUUAGUGUGUUUUGAUUAAGCAGUUCCUUUUAUAUCAGUGUGCCUGUUGUAGGGUAAGACUUAUCACCAAGAGACUUUACAGAAUUCAAAUUUAGAAUAAGUAAAAUACAGAUAGUUAUUGGAACAAGGGUCAAAUCAUGUGAGUAAUGUGCUAAACAUUAGCCUUUAAAUGUAAAGAAUUCUUAUUGGCAAAGUAUUAUAUCAUAGUACCCAAGCCCUGAACAUAAUACAGUAUAUCAUAUAAUUGGCAUUCAUAAAUAUUUUUAGACCGUAGUAAUAUUUCUGGAUCUGUUUUGAAAGUGAAAUAUUUAGGAGUGUAUGUAGAAUUACCAAAAUAUUUAGUUCUGGAAUUUAUUUUUGGUGUAUUAAUGGUAUGGUAUGCUGUAUUAAUGUUAUCUCCACUAAAUAACUGAUGUACUUAAUCCCUUUGUCACCAUUCACCCUAGUUUUAGCUCUUACACUUUGGUGUUGGUUCUCCGUCAUGUUUUAGAACAAUAGACACAAAGCCUACGGUAAGGAAUAAAUAGUCUUAAUUGGUAAAACUGAGAUAGCUGGAUUUGGAAGGAACUCUUAAUAGUAAUGGAUUUGGGGGUUAUUUAGGUUCCUUGGUUAAUGUUUGUUUCUUUUGUCUGUUUCUUUUUCUUUCAUUUCUACACAUUCAUGCAGUAUUUCAUGGUUCUAUCAAAGCAGCAGUAAAAAAAAUACUCUUGACGCAUGAAAAUUAACUGGUGAGGGGCCUCAUUGCUAUUUUUAAAUUGUAGUUUUAUUUUUAAAUAGUCUUUUUUUAAUCAGAGGAUCAGAUGCAUGACUUUUUUUUUUGUAAUGGAUGCAGAUCUUCUAUCAGGUGUCUCACAAUAAAUUCAAGAGGAUUUUAGUUUGCCAGAAUGUUGCAUAUGCACUAAUUUGAGUAAGAUGUUGAUACUUAAUAUUGUCCUCUUGAGACAUAAUUUUGCAUGCAAGAUUAUCCCAUAAUCUUUGUAGGUUUGUUAAUAUUGAUGCAUUAAUGCCCUAUAUCUAAAUGAUCUUCUCCCUCCCCCUCCCUCCAUAACUCUUGGUAUCUAAAUUGAUGACAGCUCUGACACAAGCAAGAUAACAGUGCUGUGUAGUAUACAUUUGUUUAUAUUAUCGGCACUUCUCAGUAUAGGUGGAAGGAACCAUUACCUUUAUUUAACAGUGGUUUUUCUUUUUUGUUGUUGUGUUUUACAGUUCUUUUCCCUGGUUCAGCCUGAACUAUAUACCAGGCCCUGCUGAAAAUACCACCCAACAGUUUUCUUCUGCAGCUUAUCCAGUUUCUCUUAAGUGCCCUGUACAUAUUUGAAGCAGCCGACACGAGUCGUUGUUCAUAAAACAGCUUUUGAAAGUUGAGAGCACACCCCUGGAGAACCGACUGUGCUUGCUUACGUUUGGUUCAUGACUUAAAAAUCGAGUACAGGAGUUAUUCCUGAUGAGACUAAGGCUUUGUCUCUGUUGGCACCAGCUAACGCAGUGGCAGGUCUUCUGCCUGGUGGUGGACUCCUGCCUACUCCUAACCCACUUACCCAGAUUGGCGCUGUUCCAUUGGCUGCCUUGGGAGCUCCUACUCUUGAUCCUGCCCUUGCUGCACUUGGGCUUCCUGGAGCAAACUUGAAUUCUCAGUCUCUUGCAGCAGAUCAGUUGCUGAAGCUUAUGAGUACUGUUGAUCCCAAGUUGAAUCAUGUAGCCGCUGGUCUUGUUUCACCAAGUCUGAAAUCAGAUACCUCUAGUAAAGAAAUAGAGGAAGCCAUGAAGAGAGUACGAGAAGCACAGUCCCUUAUUUCUGCAGCCAUAGAACCAGAUAAAAAAGAAGAAAAACGAAGGCACUCAAGAUCGAGAUCACGCUCUAGGAGGAGGAGGACUCCCUCAUCUUCCAGGCACAGGCGAUCAAGAAGCAGAUCAAGAAGGAGAUCACAUUCAAAGUCAAGAAGUAGGCGACGAUCCAAAAGUCCAAGACGAAGAAGAUCUCAUUCCAGAGAGAGAGGUAGAAGGUCAAGGAGUACAUCAAAAACCAGAGACAAAAAGAAAGAAGACAAAGAAAAGAAACGUUCCAAAACACCACCAAAAAGUUAUAGCACAGCCAGAAGGUCCAGAAGUGCAAGCAGAGAGAGACGACGACGACGAAGCAGGAGUGGCACAAGAUCUCCUAAGAAGCCUAGGUCUCCGAAAAGAAAAUUGUCUCGCUCACCCUCCCCUCGGAGGCAUAAAAAGGAGAAGAAGAAAGAUAAAGACAAAGAAAGAGGCAGAGACGAACGAGAACGAUCAACAAGCAAGAAGAAAAAGAGUAAAGAUAAGGAAAAGGAUCGGGAAAGAAAAUCAGAGAGUGAUAAAGAUGUAAAACAGGUUACACGGGAUUACGAUGAAGAGGAACAGGGGUAUGACAGCGAGAAAGAGAAAAAAGAGGAGAAGAAACCAACAGAACCAGGUUCCCCUAAAACAAAAGAAUGUUCUGUGGAAAAGGGAACUGGUGACGCACUGAGAGAAUCCAAAGUGAAUGGGGAUGAUCAUCAUGAAGAAGACAUGGAUAUGAGUGACUGAAUGUUGCCUCUUUGGGAAUCCAGCUGUACACAUGCAUCAGUGUCAUUCCUGUGUGAUUUCUUAAUGCUGUAUUUGUUCAUCUCACACCUUAGAUGUAUACAGCUCUGAGCUAUAAAUGGUUAUAAAGCUCCUGAUAUUGAUAUUAUUUACAUCCAAAAGCUUUUAGAAAAUUAUACAUGGGUAACCAAUUCUUGAAAUGGUGAAAUCUGAUUGAGUAAACAAGCAGUUUUACUAUUCUGGUGCCGCUUCAUAACAGAAGUGAAAAGCUGCAUGCAUCUACAGCAGGCAUGGAUUGUUUUAGUUGUAUGAUCUCCUUUAAGUAAGUUCACUUAUAGUAUUUCUAGAAUUUGAUUCAUUGCCGUAAUAGAGCCCUGUAGGGAAUGCACUGAUUGCAUGUUAAUUGUGGCAGGAAUAUCCUAAAUGUCAUUAAAAUCCAACAUGAUGGAUCUACUUAUGGUCUUGUUUGUUGACAUGACAAAUUAACAUCCUUAUAGUUACAUCUGGAAAUAAGCAUUUGAAAUAGAUAAUCCUUUAAGCCUUGUGGCUGAAUUUUUGUGGCUUUUGUUUAACUUUGAAAGGUUAUAUAUGCACUAACCUUUUUUGAUGGCUGCUUAGGCUUUAAUUACAGAAACAAGAUUUCAAAUGAAACUGUCUUUGGCAGUGAGUAAAUAGCAUAUUUUGAACUAGAGUUGUAUACUUUUUCAUAAGGUGUUUGGGAAUUUUUUUUCCUGAAAUAAUUUAUUCCACACCUGCAUCAGUGAAAGCUAUCCGGAGUCCAUCUGUAAAGGAAAAUUAUCUCUUGUCCUGAUUUUCAAUUUUCCACUUUUAUUAGUUUUAAAAUAAGUGUUGGAAGAAGGGGGUAGUGCAUUUUAAAUUGACCUUCAUGUGCUUUUAAAAUGUACUUGAUAAUGUACUUUUUAUUUGCGCUCACGUUGUAUAAAACCAAUAAAUUUGUGUUAGUGUUACUGCAGUAGUAAUCUUAUGCCCACAGUGAUUCCAUGUUAAAUGCAAAGUAGUAUGGCAACUGUUUUCUUAGUUACAGGAGUUUUCAAGCUUCACUUUUGUGCAGUAAAAACAAGAGUAGGCUAUACAGUCUGUGCCAUGUUGAUGUACAGUUUCUGAAAUUGUUUUACAAGACUUUGAUAAUAAAACCCUUAAACUUAUGUUCAUUUUCCUGUAAAACUGUAUUUGUAUUUAUUUACAAGCUGUUGAAUGUAUGACAUUUACCUCAUUUCAUUUUACAAGUCAAGUUCUUCCCCCUUUAAUCCACAUUUUUACAUAUAAAAGCCAUCAUUGUAGUGAUUAGUUGCCAUCAAAAUUGUCACAGUUGUUUUAAUCUCUAUCUUAAAAUAGUCUGUUUCUUAGCGUACAUUUCUCGAAUUUUGGGUGUAGGGAUUGGGUUGAGUUAAAGAACUUUAGGAUAAACAAAUGGUCUCACCUAUAUCUAGUAAAUUUAUAUAUCCAGUGAAAUAUUUGCCUUUGCUGGAAUAGUUUAGCAACUGUCAAUGGUAUGUAUCUACUGUACAAUACUAAAUAGUAUAUUUAUUCAUUUAUGUAAUGAAGUAGUGCUAGAGUGGCUGGGAUUAAGGGGAAAAUGAAACUUGGAAGUAUAGUUUUUAUCCAAGUUUGAUAAUUUUUUUAACUUUUAAAAUUGAAAUGCCAUAUUAAAAACAUUGUUUUUACAGUUUGUAGUAACUUUUUAAAGAUUUUAUUAAAAGGAAUUUUGUCUAUAGUUAAGAAGUUCUAGUAAUGGUCUUAAUAAUCAUUGUUUAAAACAGUUGAUUGCAAAUGACAUUUACUUAAAAAUCUUUUUUAGUAAGUAAAGGUUGAACCAUAUGACAUUGCCAUUUUUGUAAAGCAAAACAAGUAAUAGUUGGCAGUUUCACCUGGUUAAACCUAAUAUUACUCAGUCUAUUUCUUCUCUUUUAAUCAGUGAAUACAAAUAUACUUUUCAAAAGGGACUUAGAAAUUUUUGGCUAUAAAUAGUGCCACUGACUCAAGAGACUAGUGAAGGGAAUCCAUACUUAGAUUAUUUUUCAGUGAACAUUUUAUGUACAAUAGUAGGGCUGUACAGGGGCACAAGUCUUUAACAGAGAGUCAGUUGAGAUCAAGUGAACACUGCCUCCACACUGAGUUUUGUUCUGUAUUUAGUAGUAAAUGAUUAAAAAAUAAAGGUGGUUUUGUUAGAAAAAA